AUGACAAAAUAUAAUAAUAGUGAUAAUAAACAUCAUCAUUUAAAGUGCGCGGGAGCUUCUUUAUCACUUCAAAUCGUUUUACUCGUUUUAACAACGUCCAUACCGGAAGGAGUUGGUGGUAGCGAUGAUGGAGAUCCAGCACCCGGAAGAUCUCCUGGUCCUCCAUUACAAGGGUAA